AUGCUAAACUACCAGCAGCAAUUGCAUUCGCUGCCCGUCGGCAAUCCGGGAAAUUUUUACUACGGACCGAUGUACCCAUCUCACCAAUCGCUUAACCUGGAGUCCGAGGACAAACUGGAGGAUCGGGAAGAAAGUGGCAGGAGCCUGGACAAAAUGCACAGAUUCUCCGUGGACAAUAUCAUGGAAAUGAAGCACGACGCCUAUUCCAAGGGAAAAAUGGCCAUGGAACUCAGUAGCAAUUUCGGCCCCACUGGCGCAGGAUGCGGUGGCGGAGAUCGGGCAGCUCCCUGCUCCGGAAAUCUGCCGGCGGGUGGUGGCCACCACUCGAGGAAGCCGCGCCGCAAUCGCACCACCUUCAGCUCCGCCCAACUGACGGCCUUGGAGAAGGUCUUCGAACGCACCCACUAUCCGGAUGCCUUUGUUCGCGAGGAGCUGGCCACCAAGGUGCAUCUGAGCGAGGCCAGAGUUCAGGUCUGGUUUCAGAAUCGGCGUGCGAAAUUCCGGCGGAACGAGCGGAGCGUGGGCUCCAGGCCACUUCUGGACACGGCUCCUCAGUUGGUGCCGGCGCCGAUUAGCAAUAAUAUGCACAAAUAUGCCAAUAUGCCACACCCACACCCACCGCCGCCACCGCCACCCGGCGCGUACGCCCUCAACUUUGGGCCACUGGAGCUGCGCUCGUGCCAGAACUAUACGAACUGCUACGGGGGAUUCGGAUCGAGUGGUGCCAGCAGCAGUGGCGUCUGCUCCUUCUUCGGGGCCACCAACUACUGUGUGGCCGCCAAUUAUGCGAAGAACGCCUAUCCGCCGCUGUGAUGGCGCGGCUAGCUUUAAUGGGCCCCACGAGGUUACUUCAUGCAUAUGUAUUUCA